AAACUCAGAAAACUAAAUCUACGAAAACUAAAUCUACAGCAACUAAAUCUACGAAAACUAACUCUACAGCAACUAAAUCUACAGCAACUGCAUCAAAUGGAUGUGGGCCAAAACAUGAAAAUAAGAAAUGUCCCGAUAAUGCUUGUUGCUCAAAAGAUGGAUUCUGCGGGGAUGAUGUUUCCUUUUGUGGAGUAGAAUGUCAAUCAGAAUUUGGUCAUUGUUUUCCUGCCUCAACCGAUUCGACAUGUGGCGCAAAGACUAACACAACAUGUCCUUUUAAUGAUUGUUGUUCACAAACAGGAUUUUGUGGAUCUACUCAUGAUAAAUUGAAAAAGCAUAACAUAAAAGCGACGUUCUUUGUUAAUGGUAAUACAGGAGAGAAAGAUUCCUGCAUCUAUGACAAUGCCGAAACCCUACAACGUGCAUUCCUUGAAGGUCAUCAAAUUGCGGCUCAUACUUGGUCUCAUCCUAGUCUUGGAUCACUCAGUAAAGAAGAAAUUAUUUAUCAAAUCGAUUACCUUGAAGUAGCAUUUAAAAAAAUUCUUGGUACUGUCCCUACAUAUUUCCGACCUCCUUUUGGUACAGGAAUAAAUGUUGUUGACCUUCGUAAUGAAUUAAUAAAGAGAAAUUACAUAGUUGCAUUAUGGGAUGUUGAUACCCGAGAUUGGGCUGAAGCUUCAGUGAAAGACAGUGAAAACCUUUUUUCACAAGGUACUAGCGAUGGACUACCACGCAUUAGUUUGAGUCACGAUAGAAUAAAUACUACAGUUGGACCAUUAGCAGAUUUUGAAAUUAAAUUUUCUCUCGAAAAAUCUUAUAAACCAAUGACUUUAGCUGAAUGUAUUGGAAAAGAUGAUAUAAAAGAUUGGUAUAGAAAUCCUCCAAAGUUUGGCAAAAGAGAUGAAACUUGGAAGUAUAAAAGUAUCUUUAUUGAAGUAAAAUUUUAUUUUCAUUCUUCCUGGAAAGAAGCUAUGGCAUUGAGAUCCUUAGAAGAAUAUACAGGCUUCGAAAAUAUCAA